UUGGUUUUAAAAUGGGGAAGAAUAAUGAUGAGCAUUUCUAAUGUAGGUAACAAGGUAUAUACUUGUAUAAUAACUAGGCUCCUAGGUACCCAAAAUUUUCAGGAGGUAUUGUAGUUGACUUGCCAGCUUCCUGAGUUGAGGUGCCUUGGCCAUGCACAGGGGGAAUUUGAUUCCCAGCUGUACCUGCCCUGCCUACCAGGGUGAUAGACAGGCAAUGCCAUACAACAUCAGCAGCUGAUUGUGUUGUAAAGUCCCAACAGCAAUAGCAGGGAGCAUGUCUGUGAAUGAAUAGUGCAGGAAUGCAGAUGUAUAAUUGGAGAGAUUUUGUCAUGGUUGCAGAGACCACCAUGUUGCAAGAGUGUCUGAGUUUUGUGGCUAAGACCCAAUUUUGGUAGGAAGGGGUAGUAUUAAGACCAUGUUGGUGAAUUUGUGGAACUGAAUAAAAAUAUAUGUAAUGUCCAAAUUCAGGGCAAGGUUAUUUGGGAUCAUCUUAUUAACUAUGAUAUGUAUAGAGGCAAAUGUAGGUUGAUAGCACAUAACUUGAGUUAGCGGUGACAUGUUUUUGGACAGCAGAACAUUAUAAAAAGCUUCUGUUAGCUCAUGCUCAGGUGUGAUUCCCAGGCAUACUAAAAUGUUUUUUACAUGCUAGCAUGCUUUGUACAUACUAAAAUGCUUAAAUCUUGUUAAGAUAUUUAGAGGCUUUGGUGCCAGGGACUAUUUGUAUCCUUUGAACAGAAAGGGCUACCCUUUCUUUUUUGCUAGGGAGGACUUGAUGCUUUGUUGCUUUGGACCAGAUGCCACCUUUGUGGGAUCUGAUGCUGAGUUGAGUUAAGGAGGGUGGGGGCAACACCAAGAAUUGCCAGUGUGUAACUAAGUAGAGAGAGGUUGAAAAAGGCAAAGCAAUAUGAAAUGAGUUAUAACAGUGCCUCUGGUGUGGGCAUUGCCCUGAAUACUAACCUUGGACCUCAUAAUUGUGCACACAAGUUAUUACUAGUUUCCCUGAGCUGUUGAAAUGUUUUAUUCAUGAUUAUUGCUAUCAUAGCACUGUCCCACCUAUACACCUCCAUUUGGAGGCUCAACUUAUCACAGGGGUGUGGUGUGGGUCAUGUGCUGCUGGCUGUACCCAGCAUUACAUGUAGCAAGAUUUCCUCCUUUCAUGAGAUUCAUGUGUUCUCGCCCUGCCAAUUACAUCCGCACUGCUAGCACGAGGCAGGCAAGGCUGCAAUUAUUUAUUGGAAUAGCUAACCAUUGUAUUGCAUAACGUUACUUCCAUAUUGAGAGUUACCUGAUUCGAGUCAUUAGUGAUGUAUCCUCAGACAGAUCGCACAUUUUGCUAUUUUUAUAUUUCCAAGUCUUUAGGAUUAGGUUGGAAAGGUACCUUUUGGGCUCAGUGCCUUGCUUAUCCAAGAAACAUGAUGCUUUAAAUAUAUGGGAAGGCCUGAUUCAGGUACUUUUUAGGUCCAACCCUGAAUAGUGCAUAUGAUGAUGGCACAUAUGAGAUGUGUUCAGUCAGUUUCCCAAACAAAUGCCUGUUACUAAGCUGUCAAAAGAUAUCUAUGAUAUGAGCCAUUGUGAACAGCUUGUUGAAGCUACACAACAUUCCAAUACUAAUCACUGCAGCAAAUUAUGUCAUCAAAGGGCUUUGAGCCAACAAUCAUCAAAAUGUGCACUAUGCCCAUCUUCCAUCAGCUGGGGCAGCUCAGUGCUCAGGGGCCACGUCACCAAACUGUUAUCCGGGUACAUGAACUAGCAGUCGCGCCACUUCUCGACGAGCCAGCGUGGCGCCAAGCAUGAAUGACAUCGAGACGGUCAAGGUGGUGGUGGUGGGUGACUCGGGCGUGGGCAAGACAUCGCUGGUGCACCUGAUCUGCCACAAUGAGCCGUGUCCCAAGCCGUCCUGGACGAUCGGCUGCGAGUUGGACGUGCGCAUCCACGACUUCCGCGAGGGUCUGCCGGCGCAGCGCACCUACUGCGUCGAGCUGUGGGACGUGGGCGGCAGCGCGGCGCACCAGAACGCGCGCCACGUCUUCUACGGCGGCGCACACGGCGUCAUCCUCGUGCACGACCGCAGCAACCGCAAGACGCAGAACACGCUGGGCGCGUGGCUGGCCGAGGUGCUGCAGCGCGACGGCGGCGGCGGCGAGCCGGACGCCUUCGAUCUGGAGACGCUGGCCGCGCCCCGCUCGCUGGCCGCCGGCAGCGGCAACGCCGUGAAACUGAGUCGCUUCUUCGACAAGGUGAUCGAGCGGCGUUACUAUGGCGACCGGACGGCGCAGCAGUACGAGCGGCGCCGGCCCACCGCGCUCGGCCACACGGCCGUCAGCUGUUCGUUCAAGGAGUACUGACCACCGCCGCGGCUCGAGGACUCGGGUGCUGGGGCGGCCGGACGAUGGCCGGCCGGUUUGUGCUGUGAGAAGAAGGUGCGGUGUCUCUUGACUGCGGGUGGUGGGCCAAGGGAGCAGUGUGGGUCUCUGUGACGGGACAGCGCACGAUGUGCGAACCUAACGUUGCACGGCCUAGCAGGGGACGUUGAUGAAUCCAAGGUACCACCGAUUCUAUUUUCCUGAGACUUUCGGACGGUAACGCCUGACGUCCGUUCGCUGCCGUGGUAUGUACGUGUGGGAGACCAUGCCCGGCGUGUGCGAGUUGGGCGCGUGCCAGGCGCCGUGCAGUGACGGGGGCGCGCGCAGCGGGCCGCAGGCGAGCCGGCAUG